AUGCCGACGAAUCUCUACGGUCCGAACGAUAAUUUCCACCCUGAGAACUCUCAUGUGCUUCCUGCUCUGAUGAGGAGGUUCCAUGAAGCUAAGGCCAACGAUGCGGAGGAGGUUGUGGUGUGGGGAAGUGGGAGCCCGUUGAGGGAGUUUUUGCACGUGGAUGAUUUGGCUGAGGCUUGUGUUUUCUUGAUGGAGAGGUACAGUGGGUUUGAGCAUGUGAAUAUGGGGAGUGGUGUGGAAGUGACGAUCAAAGAGUUGGCUGAGUUGGUUAAGGAGGUUGUUGGGUUUGAAGGGAAUCUUGUUUGGGAUUGUAGUAAGCUUGAUGGGACGCCGAGGAAGCUGAUGGAUAGCUCGAAGCUUGCGGCUUUGGGGUGGACGCCGAAGGUUUCGAUUAAAGAUGGGCUUCGUCAGACUUAUCAAUGGUAUUUGGAGAAUGUUGUGCAGAAGAAGCAGUGA